AAAAACAAUGUGUACAUACAUUACGCAUAUUCUGCAUUUUCCGCCGGCGUGAAUUUUUUUGCAAUUCUAAAGCAGAAUUUAAUAUUAAAAUAAACACAAUUGUAGUUACAACGCAGACAAGAAAGUGAUUAAGUAAGCAAUAGAAGUGAGCGAGAGUGUAGAUUCAAUUGAACGUGGCCAAUCAGAGUUUGGCGCCGAAUUUAUAGUUUUUUCCACUGCGCUCUAUAACGGAGGUGUGUGUAUAACAAAGAUGGCGUCCUCACAAGUCUCAAACAAAUCGGGCUCCGGCUGGCCGCGGCGCGGUAGCCAAGGACAGGCUGAUGCCAGUAUAACGAAUAAUGGCACGCAAAAAUACGCGCCCAAUCAAGCACUAACUAUAAAUCGCACAAUUAAUCUCUACCCACUAACUAACUACACAUUUGGCACGAAGGAGCCGCUGUUUGAGAAGGAUCCAUCGGUGCCAUCGCGAUUCCAACGAAUGCGGGAAGAGUUCGAUCGCAUUGGCAUGCGUCGCUCGGUGGAAGGUGUGCUUCUUGUGCACGAACAUGGACUGCCACAUGUGCUGCUGCUGCAGCUGGGCACCACAUUUUUUAAACUGCCCGGUGGCGAGCUGAAUGCUGGAGAAGAUGAGGUAGAAGGCCUCAAAAGGCUACUCUCCGAGACGCUGGGACGUCAAGAUGGUGUUAAACAAGAUUGGAUUGUCGAGGACACUAUUGGCAAUUGGUGGCGACCAAACUUUGAGCCACCGCAAUAUCCAUACAUUCCGCCGCACAUAACAAAGCCCAAGGAGCACAAGCGCUUGUUUCUAGUGCAAUUACAUGAAAAGGAUACGGACAGGAACGCCAGUUACGAUGUACCCUGAGCUGAGCAGUUCCAAAGUAGCGCCGUGUUGUAUUGUGUAAUCUCACGCAUCUGGCAUCUGCUGCCCAACCCAAGCAAUAGAGCACUUCCAACAACGCUCUAAUAUCUCAAGAGUGCAAAGAAAAACUGAGCAAACAAAAUGAAAAGAAAUCAGAAAACAGAGAGAAAAAUAUAAACAGCAUAAUGGCCCCGAGGCGCGCAGACAUAUUUUUGUUACCUUAGAGUUCGUCGAUCGAUUCUAAUUGCGAAUGAUUUUUUUGUACAAUACCCUCUAAACUUCAAAUUGUAUUUAUCAUACUAGUUGCUCUCGAUAGAGUUGUUGGCAUAUUUUGUUGUUUGUGUGAGUUUGCGACGAUCGCAGCGCAAAAUCCCGAAAUUCUUUGAUUGUUCUUUGUUGUACUACUACUAUUAAUUUUGUAAAUAUGUCGACAUUUCUGUAAACGAGACAACAGCGCAUUCAACACGAAUAAUUCGUUCUGUUUGUUAUACUUACGCUAUCUAUCGAGUAUGUUUGAUCAGUCUAAUGUGUUGUUAAUCUAAAAACAAAAACCUAUAAAAUCACAACCGGGUAGGCAGAUUUGUUACUUUUUUGUGAAAAGUCCAUUGUAAAAUUGUUGCUGGUUGUCGUCUGCUAAUGUGCACAAAUCUCGCGUGUUGUGCUGAUUUGCGAGCAUAGCAAGCGCAACUGGACUAGGCAGGCAGUUGAAUAGUCGCUUCCGAAAACAACAAAUCAACAAUAUGAAAAGAUAAAACCAUAAUUUAAGCAUUCGUUUUAUGUAAUCAACAAAUAUAAUUCUGUGUGUUUUAGUAGUUCGUUGACAUCACCAUAAAUUGUGCAAAACUCGCACACACACUCACAUACACAAGACACACAAUUAAUCAACACACACAUAUAAACACACACAACAUGUAUUAUGAUUGUUGGUCUUAAUGGUAAUCGAAAUUAUGUUCAUAUCCAGCAAUUAGUUGACUUCGUUUGAUAAGCAAAAUCCUAGACUAAAUGUGAUAAUUAAGUUCGACAUUUUGCGCAUCAAUAACGAGAAACCCUAAAUAAUAUAGUCUAACUGAAGAACUGUGAAUGUAAAAAAAAACAAACCUAAUGCCUACCUUUUAUAUUAUCUAUCAUACGUAAUUUACGGCAGCGAAUUUAAAUCUCUUGCAAUUGUAAAUUGUUUUUGUAUAACCGAUUGUAAUAUAUAUAUAUAUAUUUUAUUGUAAUAAUACAUAUCUAUUAUACUUUA